AUGUUUGGAAUAAUAUUACAUUUCCUUCAAAUUAUACCGCUUCUCGUGACAUCAAACGUGCUUGGCAAAAAACUCUCUAUCCCAGAGCUAAACGAUUUAAAAUAUAAAUUAUACGAAGAUUUUGAUUCCAUAUCGAAUAGAAACAGCAAAUACGUCAACUCUACGGAAGAAUGGAAUGAUAUUGGUGCCAUUAAAGGUAUAACCAUUGGUGGUUGGUUAGUCACUGAACCAUACAUUACACCGACUCUUUUCAAAAAUGCCACUGAUUUGGCUCCAUCUAGUAAUAUUACAAUCGUGGAUGAAUGGACUCUCUGUCAAGUAUUAGGUUAUAACACUAGCAAAAGUUUGUUAGGUAAUCAUUUCGAAACAUGGAUUACUGAGGAUGAUUUUAAGCAGAUUAGUGAUGAAGGUUUUAAUUUGGUUAGAAUUCCAAUUGGUUAUUGGGCGUGGAAAGUAAAUCAUACAACUGAUUUGUAUUUGAAAAAUUCCACUUAUGUAGAUCCUUAUGUUGGAGAAGGUUUACAGUUGAAAUAUCUGGAUAAAGCUUUGAAUUGGGCUGAUAAAUAUGGAUUAAAAGUUUGGAUCGAUCUACAUGGUGCUCCAGGUUCACAAAAUGGGUUUGAUAAUUCGGGUGAAAGAAUAUUAUAUGGAGAUAUAGGUUGGUUAAAUAACAUUGCCACGAAGACUCUAACAUUAUCAAUUUGGGCAGAAUUAUUUAAAGAUUAUCUUAAUAGAUCCCCGGUAAUUGGGUUUGAAAUUAUGAAUGAACCAUUAAGUAGUAAGAUUGAUAUCAAUGAUAUUACUCAAGCAUAUUAUGAAGCAUUUGAUUCAUUUAAAGUCCAAGAAAGAAAUCAAAACUCAACAGCGAAUACGACAUUCGUUAUCCAUGAUGCUUUUGAACCAAUCAAUUAUUGGAAUUUACAAUUUAAUCCGCAAUAUGCAAAUGUUUCUAAUCAGUUUUUCAAUUUGACAAACAUUACUUAUUCUUCAAGCCAAAUUAUGGUCGAUCAUCAUCAUUAUGAAGUAUUCACAGAUUCUCAACUUGCAGAAACACAAUAUGAAAGAUUAUUGAACAUAAUAAAUUAUGGUAAUUCUAUAAACGAAGAGUUGUCCUAUCAUGGUGCUAUCAUCGGGGAAUGGUCAGGUGCUAUAACUGAUUGUGCCACAUGGUUGAAUGGUGUCGACAUUGGUGCCAGGUAUGAUGGGUCAUAUUAUAAUACAACAUAUUUCACUUCAACAUCUCCUCCAAUAGGAAAUUGCACUUCUCAAAAUGAUAUUAGUACUUGGACUGAAGAUUACCGUAUUAAAGUUAGACAAUUCAUUGAGGCACAAUUAGCUACUUAUUCUACAAAGACUAGUGGUUGGAUCUUUUGGAAUUGGAAAACUGAGAAUGCCCCAGAAUGGGACUAUUUGAAAUUAAAAUCUGCUGAUUUGUUCCCAACUCCAUUUGAUAAUUUCACUUAUUUCCAAAAUAAUGGUUCCAUCGAUACAAUAGUUUCAGUCUCAUUAUCCAAAGAAGCAUAUUCUUCGACACAUUAUAAAUCUACUGCAACAAAGGGAGGUGCUUCUAACUUUGGUGUAUCAAGCAAAAGAUUCUUGAAGAAAGAUGGUAUUGACAGACCUUUUGAUACCUUAUUGAAGAACGCUUUAUUCCUUCUUAUUGGUUCAAUUUUAUCUAUUUGCUUCUUUUUGUAG